AUGGCGAACUCAGGACAACGCACACAGCAAGUCCCUCAGCAUGUCACCGCACUGCUCUCACAUCUCACCUCCCGCCCAGGCGUGCAAUCCACCUUGAUCCUCUCCCGCAAAGAUGGAUCCAUCAUCCAAAGCACAGGACAACUAGCACAGACUGAAGAAAACGCCUCUCGCACCGCACAUAAUACCCCAUCUACAACCGAUCAAAACUCUCUCGCCCAAUCCACAGACCCAUCCCCUACCCAACCCGCCGUGUCACAGCCCUACCAACCCUCGCAAGCCGAAACACUAGCUGCCCACAUUUUCGCAUAUGUCUCUAGUGCCGAGGCGCUCGGUGUCUCGCUAUCACGACCAACCCUCACUGUGCAGCGACCCAGCGACGCUCAUUGGGAUGUUAACUACGACUACGGGAACGAGGGCCGGGAGGAAGACCGGGAUGAUGGUGAGGAUCGGGAUGAGGAUGGGGAAGUGAAGCUGCUUCGAAUGCGCACGAAGAAACAUGAGAUCGUGGUUGUGCCAGAUCGAAAGUACUUGCUAUGUGUGGUACAUGAUGCUUCGCCAGGUGGAGGGCCUGCGGCGGCGUCGCGCUCCCGGUAG